UUUCUUUCUUUCCCUCCUUCUCUCGUAUCCUCUCCUUCUCUCCUUUUCCAAUUCUCUCUCUUUCUUUUUUUGAUUCUCCAAUCUUAGUGAUCCAAGGGAAAGGCUAAAAACAGUGCCUUCCAAGAGUUCAUUUGCAGCAGUCUUUGGUUUAGCCUGGGAAAAUCCCUAGCUGUCCGGCAGGAAAGUUGUAACUCUUGCCUUUAGGAGGCGCUGUUUGUCAGAGUUAUCCUAAACCUGGAAAAGGGAGGGGGAGAGGCCGUCAAGGGAGCUAUGACGUGAGCAGGAAGUUAAUUAUCAAGUUACCCGAACCGGGACAUCCAGUUUUCACUUGCAUAGGCAGAAAGUCUUGAGUUCUCUUCCCGCGCAAAUGGGAGCUUCCCUGGAACGUGGAUUACACAGAGAAUUUUAAUUUCUUAAAAACUUGUUUUCAGGCAGUUUCCCCCGGAACCAUUUACCUCCAGAGGACGAGCGGAAUUUGAUCUGAAGGCUGGCCAUGACAUCUCAAGGUCAAAGUUUGAGGUUCCGUUCAGAUGAUAAUUGUCAAGUGAACUUCCGUGAGAAGCUUCUGAUUAUUGAUUCAAACCUGGAGGCCCAAGAUGUGGAGGGCUUGAAGUUUCUCUGCCGAGACUGGAUCUCCCACAAGAAGCUGGAGAAGUCCAGCUCAGCCUCGGAUAUUUUUGAUCAUCUGUUGGCAGAGGAGCUGCUGAGUGAGGAAGACCCCUUCUUCCUAGCAGAACUCCUCUAUAUACUCAAACAGAAUUCGCUGCUGCGGUACCUCCGCCAAAGCAGAGAGCAAGUGGAGAGUUUGCUGCCCACCCGAAGGAGGGUCUCUCUGUUCAGAAACCUGCUGUACGAACUGUCAGAGGGAAUCGGCUCAGAGAACUUAAAGGACAUGGUCUUCCUUAUGAGGGAAUCGAUUCCCAAAAUCCAGAUGACCUCUCUAAGUUUCCUGGCAUAUCUGGAGAAACAAGCUCUAAUAGAUGAAGAUAAUCUGAUGUUACUGGAGGAUCUCUGCAGAAAAGUUGUACCUAACCUUAUGAGAAAGAUAGAAAAAUAUAAGAGAGAGAAAGCCUCCCAGGUAGUGACACCUCCUGUUGACCAGGAAACUGAGUCAUUGCAUCAAGGAGAGGAAGAACUAUUUUCCCGUUCAGAUGUUAACCAAUUCUUUGGAGCCUUACAGGUAGGUUCAAUGAUGUGUUGGCAAAUGGGAAAUGCUGGAUCAUAUGGCGACAGAGAAACCCUGGUCUCCAUAGAGAUGUUGGGAGCAUCUGCUGAGACUUUAACUUCUGAAACCAGCACAAAGGAAGCAACUGUGUACAGAAUGGAUCGGAAGCACAGAGGCCACUGUGUUGUUGUCAAUAACCACAGCUUUACCUCACUCUCAGAUCGACCAGGGACUCAUAGAGAUGCUGAGUGCUUGGAGCGUGUGUUUCAGUGGCUGGGGUUCAGCGUACAUAUAUAUAAUAAUGUGACCAAAGGACGUCUAGAUGAGGUUCUGAAGGAAUAUAAGAGUCAUCCAGGCCAUGCUGAUGGCGAUUGCUUUGUGUUCUGUGUUCUGACCCAUGGGAAAUUUGGAGCUGUCUACUCCUCAGAUGAGGCCCUUGUUCCCAUUCGGGAGAUCAUGUCUCAUUUCACAGCCCAGCAGUGCCCUGGCCUGGCUCAUAAACCCAAACUCUUUUUUAUCCAGGCCUGUCAGGGUGAAGAGAUACAACCUUCUGUAUCCAUUGAAGCAGAUGCUGUAAAUUCCGAGCAUUCACCUCCUACCCCUUCCCUUCUGGCCAGUGUUCCCAGUGAUGCAGAUUUCCUUCUUGGCCUGGCCACUGUCCCUGGCUAUGUAUCCUUUCGGCAUGUAGAGGAAGGCAGCUGGUAUAUUCAGUCUCUGUAUAAUAAUCUGAAGAACUUGGUCCCAAGACAUGAAGAUAUCUUAUCCAUCCUCACUGCUGUCAACAAUGAUGUGAGUCAACAAGCAAACAAAGAAGGAACAAAGAGACAGAUGCCCCAACCUGCUUAUACACUACGGAAAAAACUAGUAUUUCCUGUGCCACAGGAAAAACUUUUAUUGUAGUAGAGAGUUCUCAAUGACUCUUUGACUUCAAAGGAAACUUUGGUCAUCUCUUCCAAUCUCCCACCCACCAUAGGAAUCAUUGAUAGAUGGUGAGCCUGUCAUUCUAAUAGGAAAUGCCCUAUUUUCUGAUUCAACAAAUUCUUUAAAAAAAUUUUUUUUUAUUUUUGACAAGUCUAAUUGUUAGAACACUUUCUUUAUUGAAGCCUUUGGUUGUAGUCUUGGCAUUAGUUUUGUGCCCUGAGAAAAAGCAAUUGGCCUUGGUUUGUGUAUCUGUGAGGUAAAAGGUAGUACCAGAUACAUUUUAAGAUUCCUUUGAGCUCUAAAGAACCACUAUUCUUAACCUCAACUGAGCUUUGGUUUCCUCUCUGUAUGACCACCCCUUGUGAACAUUCGGUGUCCCUUUUGCAUAGCCUUGUUUUGGACAUUGGAUAAUGAUGAGAUCACACAUGGUUCAUUGACCCUUUCUCUGCUCUCCACUUCCUAAGGCUUCUCAUCUACACAUCUGCUGGGGUGAAAUUUUUGUCUAUAUGAUGCCCAUUUCCAGCUUUAGUAUAACGAAGGUGUUCCCACAGGAACUCUUUAUCUUGGGUUGGGAACAGGUUUGGCUCUAGGAAGAUGAUAGUUCAGUAUGAAGAAGACAACUCAGCCACUCUGGGAUCAGAGACUUUACAGGCUGAGGUUAAAUUCUGUGUCAAUCAGAACUUUUCAGGUGCUGAUGACAGAACACCCACAUCACACCAACCAAAGCAAAGAAAGGAAUUUAUUGCCUCGUUCAUCUGAAAACACACAAUUGGGUAGUGCUGGCUUCAGGUGAAGCUUGAAUCAGGACUCAGUCUGCACUAUAGCAUCUCUCUCUUGGUCAGAGGUUCUUUUGGUGGCUGCACUGUGCUGACUAAAGCCAACAGCCCCUGCCUUGUCUCCAACAUGCUCUGUUUCUCUGGCCCAAAGAAUUGAGGAGAGAGACAGCUUUAGGGAUGAAGCUAUUCACAGAAGUUGUUGUCCUCUCCUUAGAGAGUUGUCUGGCUGUGCCUUGGUGGGGAGUGUGGUUCUGUAUGGAAGCCUUGCUACUUUUUACAUUAAGGUUUUGAAUAUCUUUAUGUAUGUGAACUUUUUUUUUUCAAUUUCAAGAGGAAUUUUUCUUUUUUAUUUUCUAAGGGAGGGAGAUUGAAAGUCCUGUACCUAAGGCCUUUAUUUAUUGGUGAAGAGGUUGAGGCCCAAGGAGGCAGAGUGAUUUGCUAUAGUCCCCCAGCCAGUUAUUGUUUACAGGGUUUUAUUUCCCACUUGAGUGAACUGGAAUGUCAUGGGACAUAACAGGGCUUUUUAGGAACAUUUCCUUGGAUAUGUAGACAUCCAUGAAAGAUAUCCAGGAAUGAAGAAGAAUAACUCUCAGUGAUGCCUGAUUUUGUAAUUAUUAACGUGUAAGUCAAAUGAUCUUCCAGAACCUUUGUAUAUACAAGCCAAGGCGAACAGCUGGUGAUUACAGUCCUUCCCCAGUUGAAUAUACACAGCUUUUGGCCACUUCAUAGUCCUUCUCUGCAAGUGAAAGAUGGUGUGGUACAAAGCAAAGAGCAAAGAAUCUGGAGAUAGAAGCCUUUGGUUUCUGUUUUGCCUUGUGACUUUCUGGCUCUGAGACACUAAGUCAAGCUAGUUUUUCGAGCCUUAUCUAUAAAGUAGAGAAAAAUUACCUAUUUAAGAUAAGGAUAGGUUAAUAUAUAAAUCCAUUUAAAUCUAGUUGUUGUGAGGUAUAUACAAGACCUUUACGUGGCAGAUACCUCUGGCAGUCACCUAACGGAAAUAGAGUUUGAGUUCCUUUGUGUCUAAUUCCAGCUGAAUUUCAGCCACAAAUCAAUACUAAUACCCACCAAUGUCCUCUUAGGGAAAUGUUGGUUUUCCCCGGCCUGAUUCACAAUGUCCCGGCAGCAGCAGGCUAGCUCUUGGCUCUGAAUCCAGCUGGACAAAACACUGCUAAUGAACUCUCCUUCCUCAGCAACAUUUGGGGUUUUAUGUAUAAGUCCCGGUCCUGUGGUCUAUUUUGUAUUUUUGUUUUGCUGGAACUUAGUGGUUGUGCAAGGUUAAGUUCUAGGAUCAGGAAACUUUCCCAUGAAUUUUCUUUUCAGAGUUCUCCAGCAGGCACUUUAGGGGUCACUAGACAUUUAUGACUGUAAGUCACACACCUAUGCAGACAGUAGGAGUACAAUCAUCCUUCAGUCAUUUCUCCUAAAUGGAGCAUCUACACACUUUUCCCUCGUCUGUGUGUGUGUAUGUGUGUGUGUGUGUGUGCGCGCCCACGUGUGUGAUAAUUUAGAGUGGAGCACAGCAAGUGAUUUGGUCACAGCUAUUCAGCAGAGACUACCGCCACUGUCUGUGCAGACAUUUAUGAAAGAAAUGUGCAGACCCAGUGAGGUUUCUGUAUAUUUUGCCUAGUUUUGCUCAACCUACAAGAGCUGUAGUUAGAUUUUUUCUUUGUUUUCUUUUUUUUUUCUCAAAAGUUGGGCUUAUACCAAACAAAAUGAAGGACGUGGAAAAUUUUAAUAGAAUAUUAUACAAAUGUUAGUUACUUAAUAAUGAUACUCUUGGUGUUGAUUAUUAUUAGAGAUAUUAGUCACCACAGCAUCCUAGUGGCCUCUGCUACAAGGUUUCACCAUGGCAGUGGGCAGUUGUGAUAUCACCAGGGUUUCCCUUAACCAGUGCUCAGGUAAUUCAAACAUACAAGCAGCUGGUACAAUAUGGUUACUGACCAAUCAAAACACAUUGACCAGUAUGUAUAACACUAUGGUGAAUGCUGCUGAAUAGCAGCCCCUUAUCAAUCAAUGAUCAAGUCUCCACUGAGGUAGACCAAAUUAGAAGUUUACUUCAUUUUGUAGAUAACUUUUGUGCCAUAUUUGAUUCACAAAAUCUUCUAGGUCAGAUACUUUAUGAGUGAUUUAGUGAAGUUGUUCUCAACCUUGGAAUUCUUGGGUCCUUAGAUGUUUGUGGAGUUAUUCUCAGGGUCUAUGAGUUCUCCACCUUCACUUUGAAAUGUUGUAAUUCCUUUUUGGUGAUAAUCUUAAAAAUUAAUAGGGAUGCAUCCUGGCUCUUCUGCAUAAUCAUAUUUGAGCAACUUUUGUGCUCACAUCCUGUGCCCAUAGAAAGUGAUGAACUUUGCAUUGAGCUUUUUAAUGUAGCAUGGAUUGGGGUCCAUGGCCAGAGGUCCUCAGAUUUACUGUCAGGCACCAGUGGUUAAUCUAUUUGAAACCUGCUCCAGUUCAUCCUCUUAAGCCAUGAUAGACUCCUAGACCAUCAUCCCUCAACCACUGCUUAACUCUCAACAGAGAGAACUCACACUACAUACAAAGCCAUGGACUGGGGAGCUUGGAAGGACCCUAGAGAACCCAUGGUCCAGCCUUCAGGGUGUAAAAAGGCUUACUAAAGUCUUACAGCUGUUAGUGGAACAUUUGCAAUCCUGUGUAUUUCCUGAUUUGCAAUCUUGCCGCCUGGUUUUACUUUUGGACAGCUUUAAUUGUUCUUUUCCCUGUGGUGACUUGAAUCUACCUGCUUAGAACAUACUUAAAUCCAUUGCCUCUCAUUCUAAACUCUGGAGCCAUACCAAAGACAUGUAACUCUCUUCUGGUUAAGUACAUGUUUCAUGUGACAAGUUAUUUAGCUUUCUUUCUGGUAGGAUCUGGCUCUCCUCAGAAGUCUGCAGGGGCACCUGGGUGACUCAGUCGGUUGAGCGUCUGACUCUUGAUUUCAACUCAGGUCAUGAUCCCAGGGUUGUGGAAUCCAGCCCCUCACUGGGCUCUGACUGAGCGUGGAGCCUACAUGAGAUUCUCUCUCUCUCUGUCUCUGUCUCUCUCUCUCUGCCCCUUUCCCCUGCUCACUUUAAAAUUAAAAAGGGGAAAAAAAAAGUCUGCAGUUUGCUUUUAAGGAUGUGAAUAUCACAUUUGUAUCUUUGAACAGUAGCUGAAUUCCUAAAAAUGGAAGGCUUUUAAAAAAGUACUAGGGGAAAUUCUUUGUUUAAAGAAAGACUGAUUUGCUAAUACAAAGAAGCAUUUUAUAACAUAACUUUAGCAUAUAUGAAUUUUUAAAAGAGGAUUUUUCUAUUAAAAUUUUUAAAUUGUAUUAAUUUUUACUUUUUAAAUCUAUUUUUGAAUAGGUAUUAUCUUUACAUUGUUCAAAGAUAAGAAAAUACAAAGAGGUAUUCAAGAUAAGUGUUGCCUGCAUUUCUGUCCACUAAAUGCCCAGUCCUCCCACCUUUGCAUCCCAGAGAUAAUUUCAGGAUUUCUUAAUGCAAAUGCAAAUAUAGCAAGUACAAAUAUAUAUGUAUUUUAAAGUAGGCUUUUUUGGAAACAGAGUACAUACACUGUGAAACUCGUAUCUGUCAUUUGGUCUCAUUUUAAAUGAUUCUGUUAGAUGCUUGGAAGUACUGGUACAACUCUAGAACGGGAAUAACUUUAUGAGCUUUGAGGACUGGGUACUUGUACAUAGUAGUAAUUGACUCCAAUAAAAUAAAGGGAUUUUUUUCCUUUUUA